AUGCAUGAAAGAAUUCAUACCAGGGAGAAACCUCUCACCUGCUGCAAGUGUGGGAAGAGAUUUGCUCAGUCGUCCAACUUAAAUAAACACCAAAGAACUCACACUAUGGCGAGACCAUUCACCUGCUCGGAGUUUGGGAAAGGUUUCAAGCAGUUAUCCACCUUACAUAAGCACUGGAGAACUCUCACUGGAGAGAAACCAUUCACCUAUCCUGCACACCAGAGAACUCACACUGGGAAGAAACUAUUCCCCUGCUCUGGGUGCUGGAAGAGCUUCACACAGUUAUCAAACUUGCAAGCGCACACCAGAGAACUCAGUGGAGAAAAACCAUUCCCUUGCCCUGAGUGUGGUCAGGAGUUCACACAGUUAGUCAGCUCACAAAAACACCAGAGCACUCGUACCAUGGAGAAACCAUUCACCUGCUUUGACUGUGAGAAGAGUUUCACUCAGUCAUCCAGCUUGUGUACACACCAGAGGACUCACGCAGGGGGAGGAAUUGUGUACUUGCUCUAA